UUGGCAUAAGUUCGGCAAAUAUUACGGUAUAUUUAAUCGGUAAAGCUAAUCGGCGAAAGUUGAAUUUUUAAACUCGGUUUGUUCGGUCAGUCUGAUCAUGAACGUGAUGCCCGAGCUUCCCAUAUUGCCGGUUAGCAAGAGUUCCUCGUUGACUCUACGGUACAAAAUCCCUAAUGAGCGCUUCGUAGAAAAAAUUAGCGAUCCGACCCCUCUCUUUCGCUCAUACACUGCCAGCAUGCACGUGGGAAAGCAGUGGGACUACCCUGAGAUUGCAGAAGUUAUUCUGACGGCCAAAAUUAUUGUGAAUCAGUCCGAUGGCAGGGUAUCCAUAUACUUCUCCAGCAACAAUUACUAUAGAAUUGGAUUUCCGGUUGCUAUUGUGGAAGCGACGGCGAGCCAAUAUACUGCGCGCAAUUUGCGCGGGGUCUACUAGUGCUCACUUAUUUCGCCAUAUGGGUGAAGUGUAUCGCGACAGUGAGAUGCUGCCUGCUGAAAUGCGCGAUAUUUCUCUGGUACUUCUAAAGGCAAACGGAAAUGAUCCCCGCCGGUACAAUGAUCCACGGUCUGGCGAAGUUGCAGCAGUAUUCGUGUCUCCGGAUGGUGAACCACCUGUUGAGCGGGAUAUUGUAGUUUACACGAAACAGCAGCACCUCUCCCGGAUUUCACCGCUCAGUCCACAUUGUGAUCCGAUGGUGUACCCUUUGCUGUUCCCCGCUGGAGAAUACGGCUGGCAUCCCUCCUUGGCUCAUGAUCCGCUGUACAGCACCGCUAAGCGCAAGCGUAUUACCCAGUUACAAUUCUAUUCUUAUCGACUGGCGAUUCGUUCAAACUUUAGCGUACUGCAUGCAUCUGGAAAAUUGUUUCAGCAGUAUAUUGUCGAUGCGUACGUACGCGUCGAAGGCAGCCGAUUGCAGUUUAUCCGUUUGAAUCAAAAGCAACUGCGCGCGGAAUCUUAUGCCGGUCUGUUAGAUCAUAUAAACACUGUCGCCGAAGACAACAACAUCGCUGCCGGCAGGGUUGUUGUUUUACCGUCUACAUUCAUUGGAAGUCCACGGAAUAUGUACCAGAAUUAUCAAGACGCGAUGUCCAUUGUUCGACGGUAUGGAAAGCCGGAUCUAUUUGUGACCUUCACUUGCAAUCCCCGGUGGAAAGAAAUCGCGGGCAAUCUCCGGAACCGUGAGAGUGCUGGAUUUCGCCCGGACUUAAUUGCCAGGGUUUUCAAACUGAAGCUGGAUGAGCUGAUGAAGGACAUUCUGAAGAAGAAAGUAUUCGGAACCGUGACAGCAUACGUCUACGUCAUUGAAUUUCAGAAGCGAGGCCUGCCUCAUGCGCACAUUCUGUUGAUCCUGGCCUCUGAUUCUAAAAUUCGAGAACUCGAUGAUAUCGACAAAAUUGUUUCCGCUGAAUUCCCCAAUGCCGUCGAAUUUCCCCGUUUGUUCGAAACUAUUUGUACGACAAUGGUACAUGGACCAUGCGGCACUAUCAAUCCAGGCUCACCGUGUAUGCUGGACGGCAAGUGCACAAAAGGAUUUCCUAAAGAUUUUUCUCCAACUACGAAAGAAAAUGUGAAUGGUUAUCCUGUGUACCAGCGCAGAGACGAAGGAAGAAGAAUUUUGAUCAACGAUGUUCCCGUUAGCAAUCAGUGGGUUGUGCCUUAUAACAAAUGGCUGUCCUGCAAGUAUGAUGCCCACAUUAACGUGGAAGUAUGUACCAGUGUGAAGUCUGUGAAGUACUUAUUUAAGUACGUGUACAAGGGGUAUGACUGUGCCAACGUCAAGAUAAAGCAGCGCUAUCCAGGUGAUAACAGUGCAACGAUCAACUGGAACGAAAUCGACACAUUCCUGAACGCCCGAUAUGUUAGUUCACCGGAAGGAAUCUGGCGGUUGAACGAGAACGAAAUGCACCGACAGUCACAUACAAUUGUGCGCUUAGCAGUACACCUACCGGAUAUGCAGAAUGUGGUUUUUGCAGAAGGGAACGAAGUUAGUGCGGCGGCGAGAGCAGCACUAUCGCAUACCACUCUCACGGACUAUUUUAGGUUGAACAGCGAAGUCCCAGCAGCAAAACAAUUAUAUUACGCAGAUAUACCUGAGCAUUUUGUCUGGCGCGAAAAAAAGUGGCACCCCCGACAACGAGGAGGUGACACUGUAAUUGGGCGGAUGUACGCGGUUUCGCCAUCGGAUCGUGAGCGAUUCUUUUUACGCCUUUUGCUGCUGCAUAGAAAGGGUGCUACAUCGUUUGAAUCGCUUCGAACUGUUAUUGGGAUUCUGCACAGCAGCUUUCAAGAAGCCGCCAAAGCGUUAAAACUAUUGGACGACGAUUCUGAAUGGAGCGCGUGUUUAUCCGAAGCAAGCCUGUCCAGCAUGCCUAAAGCAUUAAGGGAGAUGUUUGCUUACAUCUGCGCCUUCUGCGUACCCGCUGAUGCCUGCACACUCUUUGAAGAACACAAGGCCAGUUUGACGGAAGAUUACCGCCGCACCUAUUCCGAAGAAGAAAGCAGCAGCAGAGCAUUGUGGGAUAUCGAGUGUGUACUGCUACAACAUGGACUCAACUGUAAACAUCUUGGACUACCACAACCAGUGCGCCCAGUGGACACCCACUUUGACCAGUACAACGUAGAAGAAGAGGCGAGUGAAGGUGAUCGACUGCAAGAAACAUUAAAUCCAGAGCAAAGUUCAUUUGUGCGGGAAGUGCUUCACGCAGUGGAUGUAGGCUUUGGCAUUAAGCAUUGGUUUCUUGAUGGUCCCGGUGGAACAGGGAAGACAUAUGUGUACCGCUGUUUGUCCCACAUACUGAGAGGACGUGGAAAGAUGGUCAUAGCUGUAGCCUGGACCGGCAUUGCGGCAACGUUACUCAAGGGCGGCCGUACCUGCCAUUCAGUAUUCAAGUUUCCCUUAAACUUAGAUGAAACGUCCGUAUCCAGUAUGAAACCUUCUUCGCCUGAAGCCCGCAAGUUAAUCGAUGCUUCGUUGAUUAUCUGGGACGAAGCGCCUAUGGCACCUAAACAUGCGCUUUCUACCCUCGACCGUCUUUUGCGGGACCUUAUGCGAAUUGAUGAGCCAUUCGGUGGAAAAAUUAUUGUCUUUGGUGGGGAUUUCCGGCAGGUACUUCCUGUCGUACGGCAUGGAUCGCGUGGGAGGAUAGUGGAAGAAAGCAUCAAAAGAAGUUCACUGUGGCCUAUGAUUACUGUCAGACGACUGACCGCCAACAUGCGAACCGGGCCUGAACAGCAAGUGUUUAGCAAGUGGCUGCUGGAAUUAGGUGAAGGACGCUUACAAACUGUUCCGGAUGCGACGGGAGAUAUGGUCGAGGUUCCCAAAGAAUGUGUGUUUGAAGGGUCAGCAAUGGAUUUAGUCAGAGACGUCUAUGGUCAGACAAUUGACCCAUCGAAUGUUUCCUGUCUGGCUGAUUCUGCCAUUCUAGCGCCAAAGAACGACCACUGCGCGGAAAUCAAUGAUUAUGUUGUUAAGCAGUUAUUACCCGGGGAUGGCCGGUCAUAUUUUAGCGUCGAUUCUGUGGAGGGAGACAGUGACGCUGAUUUUACGAAUUAUCCCAUUGAGUUCAUACAUAGCUUAACGCCUGCUGGGUUGCCACCUCAUGAGCUCUUCCUCAAACCAGGUGCAGUGGUGAUGCUGCUGCGCAAUUUCAAUGGGAAAUCAGGGCUGGUGAACGGCACCAGGAUGGUUGUUCGUUUCGCUCACGAAAACUACCUGGACGUGGAAGUUUUGACCGGCGAAUGUGCAGGACAGCGCGUGCUUUUACCUCGGAUUGUCCUGACCACGACAGAUCCCACAAUGCCUUUCAGCAUCAAGCGGAAACAGUUUCCUGUUCGAUUGGCAUUUGCAAUGACUAUCAACAAAUCUCAAGGACAAACGCUCAAACGCUUGGGUCUAUAUUUACCAGAGCCAGUUUUUUCUCAUGGCCAGCUUUAUGUGGCAUUCUCUAGAGUAUCAUCUUUUUCCGAUAUAAAAGUGAAAGUUGUACCCGGAACUCUACCUGGCAGACUUGGAACUUACACGCGCAACGUUGUGUUUCCGGAGGUUUUGUGA